GAGAGAGAGAGAGAGAAAAAAAAACACACGAGAGAGCGAAAGGAUCGUUUGCUUCUUUGCAGUUUUUUCAGCAACAUGAACAAGCUCUACAUUGGGAAUCUUAGCGAAAACGUAACCACUGUGGACUUGGAGAGUCUGUUCAAGGAAUGGAAGAUCCCCUUCACCGGACAGUUUCUGGUGAAAACUGGCUACGCGUUUGUCGACUGCCCAGAUGACAACUGGGCUAUGAAGGCUAUAGAUACCCUGUCAGGUAAAGUGGAGCUACAUGGCAAGUCCAUAGAGGUGGAACACUCGGUUCCCAAACGACAAAGGAGUCGGAAACUCCAGAUCAGGAAUAUCCCUCCUCACUUACAAUGGGAGGUCUUGGAUAGUUUGUUAGCCCAGUAUGGUUCAGUGGAGAAUUGCGAACAAGUUAACACAGAUACAGAGACUGCAGUAGUGAAUGUUACGUAUUCUACCAAGGAACAUGCAAGACAAGCGAUUGAGAAACUUAAUGGCUACAUGUUGGAGAAUUACUCGCUAAAGGUAACGUAUAUCCCUGAUGAGAUGGCUGGUCCACAGAGCUCACAACAGCCACCUCCGCAAGCACGGCGAGGGCUUGGGCAGCGAGGUCCACCCAGACAAGGCUCUCCUGGAGGCACAGCUCGACCGAAACAGCAAUCUGAUGUUCCUCUGCGAAUUAUGGUUCCGACUCAGUUUGUAGGCGCCAUCAUUGGGAAGGAAGGAGCAACAAUUCGGAAUAUCACCAAACAAACACAAUCAAAGAUUGAUAUCCAUCGUAAGGAAAAUGCGGGUGCUGCUGAGAAACCAAUAACUAUUCACUCAACGCCAGAUGGGUGUUCUGCUGCUUGUAGGAUGAUUACAGAAAUCAUGCAGAAGGAAGCUCAGGAUACAAAAUUCACAGGAGAAAUUCCUUUGAAGAUUUUAGCACACAACAAUUUUGUUGGCCGACUUAUUGGUAAAGAAGGAAGAAAUCUGAAAAAGAUUGAGCAGGAUACAGACACCAAAAUCACUAUCUCUCCCUUGCAAGACUUGACGCUUUAUAAUCCAGAAAGGACCAUUACCUUAAAAGGCAGUAUUGAAGCGUGCUCCAAAGCUGAAGAAGAAAUUAUGAAGAAAAUCAGGGAAUCCUAUGAUAAUGACAUGGCUGCUAUGAAUCUUCAAGCGCAUUUGAUCCCUGGCCUAAACCUGAAUGCUUUAGGUUUAUUUCCUCCUCCACCUGUUAUCCCACCACCUUCAGUGCCUGCUGCUUCUUAUGCUCCAUUUGGGAGCUAUCCACAUUUCUGUGAUGUGUAUGGGGCACCGAGCAUUGCUGCAGGGGGCCAGCAAUUCGCUCAACAGUCAGAGUCUGAGACGGUUCAUGUCUUCAUCCCUGCCCUGGCUGUGGGUGCAAUUAUUGGCAAACAGGGACAACACAUCAAACAACUCUCUCGCUUCGCAGGAGCUUCCAUUAAGAUUGCUCCUGCUGAAAGUCCAGAUACAAAACAGCGUAUGGUGAUCAUCACAGGACCACCUGAAGCUCAGUUUAAGGCUCAAGGUCGAAUCUAUGGCAAACUGAAAGAGGAGAAUUUCUUUGGACCCAAAGAAGAAGUGAAACUGGAGACCCAUAUCAAAGUACCAUCCCAUGCAGCUGGCCGGGUUAUUGGGAAAGGGGGCAAAACGGUAAAUGAGCUACAGAACCUCACAAGUGCAGAAGUGGUAGUUCCUCGUGAUCAGAUUCCAGAUGAAAAUGAUCAGGUUAUUGUCAAAAUAACCGGUCACUUCUUUGCAAGUCAGCUUGCUCAACGAAAAAUUCAAGAAAUUUUGGCCCAGGUAAAAAGACAGCAGCAACAGAAGACGGCGCAGAGUGGACAACCCCAGUCCCGAAGAAAAUAAAAAGGUUCAGGAUUUCAAACCAACCACCGAGACAGAUGCCAGACCAAAGAGAGAGAUGGACUGUGUAGUCGUAGAUGAGGAUUUAAACCCAUCACUGAUAAAGAAGCAUAUGUUCCACCUUCCCCAGUCAUCUUUGUCGAGGACCAGGCAACAAUUGAACUCUGUCUCUGUGAGAAUGUGUCCUUUAGGCGCUCAAAAAAGAAACCUUGUGAAACCCAGCUUUAAAUAAGACCCUUUCACUUCCCUUCUUUUGUUCUAAUUUCAAAACUUUAAACUGCCUUGUUAGCUUUCCCAAAGCUCUUAGAUCUGUUGGGUUUAAUGAAGCUUUCUCUUCUGAUUUCACUGGUUACAAAAAGGCAUUGCUCUUAUAGUUCCAGUCAUUAUAAAAUCUUGAGGUUUUUUGGGGGAGGGGGUAAGGGGGUGGCUAGUUUGUAGGCAUCUGUCCCACCACAAAAAAUGGCUUUUUAAAUUUGGUUAUUUUACAAAGAUUACUGAAACACUGCCGUGAGAACCUAAGGGAAGUGUUGAAUGGUGUUGGCCAGGGCAUGAAUUGAUUAUUAUGCAUUUUACUAAACUACCUCAGGCAUUUAGUACCUCAAUUGUUCCUUUUUUUUGCUUAUUUUGUAUACUUUAUAAAAGUAAUAGUCUUGAGCAUUUUAUUUUUUUAAUAAAAAAAGUAAAAUUUGAUCAGCUACAAGCCAGGAGCACUACAGAGAAAAAUACAGAUGUAGAUGUCUUGCUUCUAGCUGCUGGCUGAUGGGAGUACUCGAUAAUCAGAAUCGCCUCAGAUUUCCUGAGGUUCACAACACCAUCUUUUGAUCAAAAUUCUGUGAAUGUUUGAAAGACGCCGAAUGAUGCCAACAUAUACUGAUAGCAGCAAUGCCAUUUUUUUUCUUUUUUUAAGAUGGGAUGAAAGUGUUUAAUUCCUAUUUUUGAUUGAUGGUACUUUUUGGGAACAAAACAAGGAAGUGAUGGCAAGAGGCUUGGGUUGAAAAAAAAAGUGGCUGCAAACUGGAUUGGCUUUUAGUGUUACUGAGUAAUUUUUUAAUGCAUGGACCCUUGGUGCCUUUGGCCAUCACAGCCUCUUGAUACAUAAUGACGCAGUCCAUUUGGACUUGGCCAUUUUGUUCAAAGAGCAAGCUUCAUCUUCAGUUAUUGGUAGAGCGAUUUAAUCCAUUAGAGAAUACUCUGGCACACUUUGCCGGAGCACACUCUGGGUUGAACUUACUGAACCACCCAUUUCAGUCACCAUGGGCAGAAAAACGGUCAAACACUGUUUGAUCACACUAAAGUUAUUGAAACUAAAUAAGAGUUUACAUAUGCAGCUGCUAUAGUGGGCCACGCUAAGCCACUGAGGGGGCUGCAAGCUCCAUUUCUCUGCUCCUUCUCUCGGCUUAACCAGAAUGCAGCAGGCUUUAUGCACAUUCUACACCAGUAUAGCAAUACAUUUCAAUGCCAAAAGGCCAAAUUGACAGCCAAUAUCUCCUCCUUCUCCCUCUCUCCCCCCCUCCCAGAAUGUAGUCUAACAGAAUGAUAGAAUAAGCUAAAAUAAUAUGUGGUAAAGUUGAAAUGCUCCGAUCAAUUUCUUCAGUGAACCCAAAUUCCAUCUACCUCAGUGCUUAAACUAAGGCAGUGCAUAUUUGGUGCAUAAACACUGCUGUAUGUGGUCUGAGCAGAACCAUACUAUUACCUCUGAACCUUUGUGAUUUGUUUUUAUUUUUUUGUGCAUGAGAUGAUCAGAAUCAUCAUGCUGCACUGAAUUGGAGGGGCACAACUUGGCAUAACCAUUUACUUCAUCAAUUUUUUGAUCUACCUCUUAGAUACAUUUGAAUUAGAGGCAUUUCUGCAUAGGAUAGGUUAAUUUUCCCAAAGAUCAUUUUUGUACAGAUUUGGACAAUUUAAAAAUGGUCUGAAGUAUUUUUUGCCUGCAUAUUAUUCAUUACUAAUUAAAAAUUCUCAAAAGCUUAUGUUGUAGCUUUAGCAAAAUUAAUUCUCAUUUUUUUUGGCAGUGACUUUUCCAUGUAGUCUUAGAAAUUGUUUUUACAUUGAUAAAAUUACUGAACUACAGAAGGUCAUUUAAUAAUAGCUUAAAAGAGUUGAUGUGAGGCUGGAAAGUCAUAAGCCCACUUGUAUUUUCUUUAUUGCAAGUAACCUUUGAUAAGGAAUUGAUUUACCAUGGAUUUUGAUUUCACCAUAUAAUGCUGCAUUUGCAUUGGCAUAUCUGCUGUUGUAUCAUUUAAAUUUCUGGACUGUAUAGAGAUUGUUGCUAGGAUAGAACCUGUUUUAAUUUUUCAUUUUUUCAAAUGAGACUGGUGUAUUUGGAAUAACUGGCAUUAGUUGAAGGUAGUACUGUAAAUGGAAGUGUGAUACCAGCAAACAUUACAUGGCUCACUUUUUCUUUCAUCUGAAUACUGUGCCCCCAAUGCAGCCCCACUUGUCAAAUGCCUCUGUAUGAAAUAAAGAAUUUAGCUCCUAUA